AUGUAUGAGGCAGUUUCGCCGUAUUGCUGGAGAUGUGGGGUUGACAGUGGCACAAUGACCCAUAUUUGGUGGGCUUGCCCACGUAUACGUCCAUUAUGGGAAGAGGCGCAGAACACCUUGCAGGCUAUUGGAAUCACUGAUCCACCCCUUGACAUACACACUGGGUUAUUCCUCUCCUAUCCUCGGCCAACACCAGUGCCCACAAAACGUAUAAUGACAAUUGCUGCAUUGGUGGCGAGAAACCUAAUCGCGAGCCAGUGGAAGCAACCACACUGUCCUUCCAAACUCCAACUACUAUCCAAAAUUCAACAAUAUUACAUAUAUGAACGCAUGUCCACUAAGACCACUGCACAAAGUAAACACUUCCAGACUUCUUGGAUACCAUGGGUAGAAUAUUGGGAUACACAUACCUCCCACAUACCCCCACAUGGCAGGCCUAGCCGCACCUGA